AUGGGUAGGAACAGAGGUUUUGAUCGGAUUAAAGAUGAACGAAAGGACUUGAGCUUUUUCAAGAUUUUUCAGAGUGCAGAUUUAUCCUCUGAAUGCAUGAGAGCGAUUCCUUACAACUUCAUGAAAGGACUCUCUAACAAAGACUUCUCCUACAAGAUGGUGAUAAGAGCGCAAUGGGGAAGCUCAUGGGAAGUAGAAGUCUCCAAGAACCCAAGGUUCUACUACAUAGAGAAGCCCGGAUGGAACCAGUUUGUAAGCGACCUUGCCUUGGGAGACAACGAGUUUGUUACCUUCACUCACAAAGGGAAAAUGUGCUUCAAUGUCAACAUCUACCAGCAGGAUGGCAAGGAGCUUGUCAUGCCUCCGACAAUGGCUCCUUCUAGUGGGAUCAAGAAAGAACAAGGCGAGAGCAGCCACGCAGACGUGAAGAAGGAAGUUGAAACAGGUGAAUCUAUGGGAGGAGAAGAGCUCAAAGUCAGAAAGAAAAAAUCUGAGGAAUCCAAAACAUACAAGAAGAUGAAGAGCAAGAAUGUGGUGAAUUCGGUAGAAAUAGGUGAAUCUUCAAGAGGAGUUGAGCACAAGGUUAUAAAGAAGAACGCUGAGAAAGCCAAAACAUCCAAGAAGAGGGAGAUCACGAGCUGUAAAGUGAAGAAUGGUGUUCCAGAAUUCACAAUCACCAUAAGGAAAUCAUACCUCAAGUUCCUGUCAAUCCCAAAGCGUUUUGGGGAGGAGCAUAUCCCUAAUGAGUCUAUGAUCUUCACGAUACAUCACUCGAAAGGGAGCGGCUCAUGGAGGGUGCUUUGCCUAGUGAGGGAGGCUCGGACAGUUUUCUCAAGCGGAUGGUCGAAACUGGCACGAGAGUACCCUCUACUGGUCGGUGACAAGUGCACUUUGAAGCUCAUCAAACCCACCGAGCUUCUCCUAAUCUCCAAGAAGGCCAGGGAGAAUAUCUCUAUGAUUGGUUGA